AAGUCGAUCACAACAAACAAAAAUGACGUUUCGUAAUUUAUCGCUUAAAAUUAAUGUUUUUUAGCGAUUAUUUAAGUUAUAAAAAUGUUUUAGACUCAAAAAAGAUUCUUAUAAUCCAACUUUAAAAAUGAGCUCAAGAACAACGAGAAUUUCAGUUAACAAUCGGAAUGUCCGUUCCUGUUAUUUUACCAAACAGAACGAUCGUAAUCAGCCCCGGAAUCCAAAACAACUUCGAUUUGCCUUAUAAUUUAACCAAUUUUCAAGUGGUAACUUACGCAAGAUCGAACCAAGGCUUCGAUAUAUCUCGAGAUACAAUGUAUGGAUACAUCAUAGGGAUACUUGAAAAUGUUGGAUUAAACGGAGAAGAAUGUUUGUUAAGAUCGAUUUGUGAGGUAUCUCGGACCCCGUUUCAUAUCGAAGAUCAAGAAAGUGUUUUAGAACGGAUUGCGCAUCAUAUUUUGACUGGGUUAACUCCCGCGAUGUUGGUACCGCUGCCAUUACCAUAUCCAGUAAAUGCGUGAUCAAUUGCGUAUUUUCCGCGUUAUUUUGAGUGGAUUUUCUUCUAAUUUCCCGUGGAAAUCGCUCGAAACUCCUUCACAAGGCGAUUAAAAACCGAAACGAACAAGAAAAUAUGUUUAUACAGGACCCGGACGCUUUCAAAACAUGGUUAACCGCUGUUCUGAAGCCAAUGUGCGAGGCGGAUCCGAGUGCAUUGGCAAAUUACGUAAUCGCCUUAGUGAAGAAAGAUAAAAGCUUAGAAGCCCUCCGAGACAGUAUGAUAUCUCAAUUAGAAGUGUUUCUUCAAGGUGAGACGAUAAAUUUCGUAAAUCUCCUAUUUAAAACGCUCGAUAAUCGCGAAUACAUGGAGUCGGUGAUUCCGAACGCGAACCCCCCCAAUCCAAACAUAAUCGCGGCGAAACCCGAGUCGGGAAAUUCCCCCCUAAAGAUCCAGCCGAUUAAAGAAAUCAAGCCGAUCAUCCCAGUGAGUGAGCUCCCAAAUUUAAACGAAACGAUAAACGGGUCGACGACGAAUAUAAUUGAGAAACCCCCCGCGAGACCUUCCGAUUUAAAAAGAAAAAGCGAAUCGGAGAAAGAAGAGAAGCCGAGGCGGCGUUCGAGGCAUCGGAGUUUGUCGAGGAACCGCUCGAGAUCGCGAUCUUGGGAUAGAGUGCGUCGAUCUCGUUCUAGGGAUAAAUCCCGCGAUAGAGACCGAGAAAAACGCGACAGAGCGCGUCCAUGGAGGAAUAAAUCGCCCCCGAGACGCUACGAUAGGCGAAGAUCUCGCUCCAUGUCUUUAGGGGGGCGAAUUCGCUCGCGAUCUAGAAGUCCUCGUCAUAAUUAUCGAGGUCGAUAUCGAAAUCGAUCACCCCCCAGAUCAAACAGUCGCAGCAGAUCGAGAUCGAAAGAUCGCAAAGAGACAGUUUUAAAUCUAAAAGAUUCGCAUUCAGGGGCGGGGACCCCGACUCAAGAUUCGAAUCAUGGCGAUAUGGAUUUGCGAUUAAAUAGCACCACGCAAAGUAUUCAAUCGGUGGUGGUGCAACAAGGCGGGGUUGAGCGAAAAAGACGAUGUAGGGAUUAUGAUGAGAAAGGGUAUUGUAUGCGGGGGGAAAUGUGUCCCUUUGAUCACGGGGUUGACCCCGUAGUGCUCGAAGAUAGCACCUUAUCUUCAGUUUUAACAACUUACGCCCCUAAUGGGGCUCCUGUACCUGUCGAUGUCGCCCCGGGGGGGUUAUUACCCCCGGUUAUGCCACCUUCGCAUCCUAUGAUGCAUGGAAUGCCGCCAAGAGGGGGGCAUUUACCCUCGGAAUAUAAUCCACAAGCCCCACAAAUUUUUCAUCGUGGAUUUCGAGGACCUCGCCCCAUGUUAGGACCAAGAAUACCAAUGAACCCUUUUCCGCCUCAACCCAACAUGCAGCGCGAAUUAAUCCCCGUUCCGGUCCUCGAUAACCAACAAAACGAUCAUCACCAAUUCCAAGGGAAUUUCCCCGGGCGCCAACAACCCGGUUUUAUGGGAGGCGGAAACGUUGGAAUUCCACCGGAACACGAUCAAGACGGCAUGUUUAAAAAGAGGGGGUUCGAUUUCAACCGUUUAGGCCCUCGACAAAAAAACCCGGCGAAUUGCUCGUUGGAAUUAAAAAAAGUCCCUCCUGGUCUAAACAACAUUACUCACCUCAACAAUCAUUUUUCCAAGUUUGGGAAAAUUCUCAAUAUUCAAGUUGGGUACGAAAACGAUCCCGAAGCUGCAAUUGUGACGUUUUCAAGUCAUGCAGAAGCCAACGCCGCCUAUCGGAGCACCGAAGCGGUUUUAAAUAACCGCUUUAUUAAAGUAUUUUGGCAUUCGGCCAAUAACGAAGGUAAACAAGAAAAUGUGCCUCCGAGAUCCUCGAUAAAAGACCGUUUAGGAAUCCCACAAAUUGUAGCGCCAAAUUCGAAUAAAGUCUUAAAUUUGGUUCAACCGAAAGCGGAAGUGAAGGAUGAUCAUCAAAUUGAGGAUCAAUCUCCGAAGAAACCGGUUGAUUCCGCAGCGUUGGUUGCAGCUAAAGAAGAAAGGAAAGCUUUGGUAACGGGGGCGAUUAAAAAGAAUCAAGAACUUUUAGCGACCAAAGAGAAAUUAAAAAAGAAUCAAGAAGAGAAACGUAAAGAGGCGAUGAAAUUUUCUCAAGAUCUCCGAAAACGCCAACAAGAAUUAUUAAAAAAACAACUGGAACAACAAAAAUUGUUGAUAAGUAAGUUAGAAAAGACCCCGGCGGGGCCGCAUCGCGAACAAUUAAUGGAAACGAUUAAAAAAUCGCAAGAAGCCAUCGAGGAGAUACGAAAAGCGAUUUUAGCGAUAUCAAAUUCAUCGACAACCGGGGGCUCACACAAAUCACCGGCUCCGAUUAAAAAGAGUAAAGAGGAGGCGCAAAAAGAAAUGUUGGACGCUGAGUUAGAUUUGAUAACGAAGCAACAAGAAGGAGCUGAUACAUCAGAGUUGCAAAAGCGGAUUCAAGAGUUAAAGGCGAAAACUCAAUUGAUGAGGGGGCCCGGAGGUGUUCGUGGGAGGAGAUUCGCAGCUCCGAUUGUGAGUCGACAUUUAUUAUCGAAGAAUAAUUUGGUCGAUCAACAAAGUGUUACGAAAAAAGUGAAUCGAUUUAAAAAUAUGUCGGUGGAUCAUCGGCCCACGAAGAUUUUGGUGUCUCGGUUUGAAAGUGAUGAGCAAAAAAAUGUUUUAUCACAUUUUUCGCUCGCUCAAGAAAUGUCGGAGGAAGCUCUUCUUCAAGAUGAUGAAGAUGAAGAUGACGAAAAUGAGGAUCGACCGUGGAAACGAUAGUUUUUUCUUUUUUUAUUACACUUAAGGGUAUCGUUUAACGAUAAGAUUCGAUAAACUUGAUAAAAAAGAGUUAAGGUGUGUUAAUGAUUUAAAAAAAUAACUAUAAUUAUAUAAAAUAAAAUAAAAUAAAAUAUAGAGUAAAAGUUGUAUAAAAAAAGAUCGAGGAAGCAAAUAUUUCUAGUUUUGGUGUUAUAGUUAAAUGUUUUUGUUAAUUGUAAACCAAAAACUCACUUAAUUCUUAUUCAUGAAAGUUACGAUUAAUUUUUAAAAGUCUUUUUGAUGUGAUUUUUUGGGAAUUUAUUAGCGAUUAAUGUAAUUAUAAUUGAAUUAUGUUUCC